ACUUCGUGUCGCGUACUUGACCGAUCCUGUCCGGCCGUGUGAGAAGAGAAGUGCCACCUAUCAGAUUUCUGUCGCCCGUCGCAGACAGGGGCUGCUCAUGGCGCUGGAGGCCGUGGUGUUCGCGCAACAAGACGCCCAUGGCCAUCAUCUCGGCUACGGCGGGGCGCCGCCGGGCAGCAGCUGGGAGUCGUCGUCAGCGGCGCCGGCCUCCUACACGCUCGCGCCAUGGUGCGACGACGACGGGCUAGCACAAGCAGGCGCCGGGAGCAGCGGCAGCGGCGGCCUCAGCGAUAUCUUCGAGGACUGGGAUAAUCACCACCGGCUGGCUGCCGCCGCCUCCGUGGAGGAUCAGUUCGAGGCGGGCUCCAAGGAUCAGUACCAGUCCUCGGACGCUUAUUCCACGGAGGGCAAUAAGGGCAAGGCGCCGGCCCAAGAUCAGCCCGCGGUGGUAGCAGGGGCCGCAGCCGGGAGGAGGAAGCGGAGGCGCGCCAAGGUCGUGAAGAACAAGGAGGAGGUGGAGUGCCAGCGGCGGACGCACAUUGCCGUCGAGCGCAACCGCCGCCGCCAGAUGAACGACUACCUCGCCGGGCUCCGCUCCCUCAUGCCGCCCUCCUACGCUCAAAGGGGUGACCAAGCGUCCAUCGUUGGGGGCGCAAUCAACUACGUGAAGGAGCUGGAGCAGCUCCUCCAAUCGCUCGAGGUCCAAAAGAGCGUCAGGAGUAGCCGCGACGGCAGCCGCAGCACGGACCCCGGCGGCCGAUCCCCUUUCGCAGGCUUCUUCACUUUCCCACAGUACUCCACCAUCGCCUCGUCGGCUCACUGCAGCCCCGACAGCUCCGGCGUCAGCAACGCGUGCCACAACGUCGUGAAGCCCGAGGCGGGCGUGGCCGACAUCGAGGUGACUAUGGCGGAAGGGCACGCGAGCCUCAAGGUGCUCGUCCGGCGGCUGCCGAGGCAGCUCCUGAAGCUCGUCGCCGGGCUGCAGCAGCUGCGCGUCCCGGCGCUCCACCUCAACGUCACCACCCUCGACACCAUGGCCUUGUACUCCUUCAGCCUCAAGGUGGAGGAUGGUUCCAAGCUGGGUUCUGUGGAAGAUAUUGCCGCCGCUGUGCAUGAGAUACUGGCGAGGGUACAGCGGGAGGAAGAGGAGGAAGCUCAGGCUUAAUUAGGUUCAAGCCAGCUGAUGGAGCUGAUGAUGCACGCCACCAAGGAGACCAUAUCGUGCUUGCAUGUGACUCACCCCCACUGCACCUGCACCAGCUGGGACUGCAUGCGGUGUACCUGCAGGAAAUGGAAUCCAGCAUCGUCCUGCUGCCGCUAGCUUUGUACGUGAAUGUGUGAUUGUGCCCUGCGGGCCGCAUGCAACUCAAUCUUGCACUGCAGGGCGAGAAACAUAUCAGAACUAUGCACUGCGCUGAUCACUUUCUUUUUCGUGGAUUUCACGGAUUCGCUUUUACACGCGCAUGUCUCGAUGGAAUUCAGUCAUUCACACAUGGUUGUUGUUAA